AGGGGGAAGAGAGAGAGAGAGAGAGAGAGAGCUGACAGUUAGUUAUAUACACAGAUUUAUCAACAAAAAACUGAGCAAACUAGAAUGCUAUUUGGCCCUAAACAGAGAGUACACAGCGGCAAAAUACCUGACCACUGUGACUGACCCAAACUUAAGGAAAGCUUUGGCUAUGUACAGAUUCAGUGAGCAUAGCCUUGCUAUUGAGAAAGGCCGCCGUAGGCAGACAUGGCUCUCAAGAGAAGACAGGCUAUGUGCUCACUGCCCACAAAAUGAACUGAGUUGCACUUCCUAACCUCCUGCCCAAUGUAUGACCAUAUUAGAGACACAUAUUUCCCCCAGAUCACACAGAUCCACAAAGAAUUCUUAAACAAAUCCAAUGUUGAUAAACUCCCAUAUCUACUGGGUGACAUCCCACAGUGUGCCAUUACAGCAGCAAGAUAUGUGACCUGUUGCCACGAGAAAAGGGCAACCAGUGAAGAACAGACACCAUUGUAAACACAACCCAUAUUUAUGCUUAUGUAUUUUCCAUUGUGUACAACAUUGUACCAUUGCUGCUAGUUUCUGUUUAUUAUCUAUGCAUAGUCACUUUACAAAUUACCCCCUGUAUAUAUCCUCAUUAAUAACCGGUAUUUACCUAUCAGUAGGUCAGUCUAUAUUUAUCCAUCAGCAGGUCAGACUAUAUUUAUCCAUUAGCAGGUCAGUCUAUAUUUAUCCAUUAGCAGGUCAGUCUAUAUUUAUCCAUCAGCAGGUCAGUCUAUAUUUAUCCAUCAGCAGGUCAGUCUAUAUUUAUCCAUCAUCAGGUCAGUCUAUAUAUUUAUCCAUCAGCAGGUCAGUCCAUAUUUAUCCAUCAGCAGGUCAGACUAUAUUUAUCCAUCAGCAGGUCAGUCUAUAUUUACCUAUCAGCAGGUCAGACUAUAUAUUUACCUAUCAGCAGGUCAGACUAUAUUUACCUAUCAGCAGGUCAGUCUAUAUUUACCUAUCAGCAGGUCAGACUAUAUUAAUCCAUCAGCAGGUCAGUCUAUAUUUACCUAUCAGCAGGUCAGUCUAUAUUUAUCCAUCAGCAGGUCAGUCUAUAUUUACCUAUCAGCAGGUCAGACUAUAUUUACCUAUCAGCAGGUCAGACUAUAUUUAUCCAUCAGCAGGUCAGUCUAUAUUUAUCCAUCAGCAGGUCAGUCUAUAUUUAUCCAUCAGCAGGUCAGUCUAUAUUUAUCCAUCAGCAGGUCAGUCUAUAUUUAUCCAUCAGCAGGUCAGUCUAUAUUUAUCCAUCAGAAGGUCAGUCUAUAUUUAUCCAUCAGAAGGUCAGUCUAUAUUUAUCCAUCAGCAGGUCAGUCUAUAUUUAUCCAUCAGCAGGUCAGUCUAUAUUUAUCCAUCAGCAGGUCAGUCUAUAUUUAUCCAUCAGCAGGUCAGUCUAUAUUUAUCCAUCAGCAGGUCAGUCUAUAUUUAUCCAUCAGCAGGUCAGUCUAUAUUUAUCUAUCAGCAGGUCAGUCUAUAUUUAUCCAUCAGCAGGUCAGACUAUAUUUACCUAUCAGCAGGUCAGUCUAUAAUUAUCCAUCAGCAGGUCAGACUAUAUUUAUCCAUCAGCAGGUCAGUCUAUAAUUAUCCAUCAGCAGGUCAGACUAUAUUUAUCCAUCAGCAGGUCAGUCUAUAUUUAUCCAUCAGCAGGUCAGUCUAUAUUUACCUAUCAGCAGGUCAGUCUAUAUUUAUCCAUCAGCAGGUCAGACUAUAUUUACCUAUCAGCAGGUCAGACUAUAUUUACCUAUCAGCAGGUCAGACUAUAUUUAUCCAUCAGCAGGUCAGUCUAUAUUUAUCCAUCAGCAGGUCAGUCUAUAUUUACCUAUCAGCAGGUCAGUCUAUAUUUAUCCAUCAGCAGGUCAGACUAUAUUUACCUAUCAGCAGGUCAGACUAUAUUUACCUAUCAGCAGGUCAGACUAUAUUAAUCCAUCAGCAGGUCAGUCUAUAUUUAUCCAUCAGCAGGUCAGUCUAUAUUUACCUAUCAGCAGGUCAGACUAUAUUUACCUAUCAGCAGGUCAGACUAUAUUUAUCCAUCAGCAGGUCAGUCUAUAUUUAUCCAUCAGCAGGUCAGUCUAUAUUUAUCCAUCAGCAGGUCAGUCUAUAUUUAUCCAUCAGCAGGUCAGACUAUAUUUAUCCAUCAGCAGGUCAGUCUAUAUUUAUCCAUCAGCAGGUCAGACUAUAUUUAUUUAUCCAUCAGCAGGUCAGACUAUAUUUAUCCAUCAGCAGGUCAGUCUAUAUUUAUCCAUCAGCAGGUCAGUCUAUAUUAAUCCAUCAGCAGAUCAGUCUAUAUUUAUCCAUCAGCAGGUCAGUCUAUAUUUAUCCAUCUGCAGGUCAGUCUAUAUUUACACACACACACACACACACACACACACACACACACACACACACACACACACACACACACACACACACACACACACACACACACACACACACACACACACACACACACACAAAGCAGUUCGACAGAUACAACAACACAGAGUUACACAUGGAGUAAAACAAACAUACAGUCAAUAAUGCAGUAUGAAAAAAUCUAUAUACAAUGUGAGCAAAUGAGGUGAGAAGGGAGGUAAAGGCAAAAAA